AUGUUUCCGUUAAGUGGUUACUUCUCCCAAGAACAAAAUAUACCUUCUCAACAAACUAUCCCUUCACAAAAUAUUCCUCAUUCUGCGCCACAACAACCUAUUCAUAACAAUAAACAUUCUUCCCGAAAAAAUUCUCCUCCCAAUUCCGUUCAUCCUCCUCAUCGUAGAAAAAAACAAUCAAAUAAAAUCAACAGAAAGAAAAUUGACCAAGCGAUUGCAUUCUCUGCUUUUUCUGUAGAGGAAGAUCACCAGGGAAAUCCAGAGUGUGCGAAUGAUCUUUAUUUUCUUGCUCUAGAACAAUUAUUAGAAGCGUUUCCAUUUCAAAAUGAUCAAUCACGAAGAGUUUUAUUCUUAAAUAACUUAAAAGCUUUCCUGGAACGUACCGGAUUAAUUAAAGAAAUUUCCGGAAUGGCACAAACCACCAUUCCACAAUUUACAAAUGAAUGUGAUUGCACAUUACCCCGUCAAAAUCGUCAAAAUCGUCAAAACCGUGAAAAGGGAGUUUCAGACCUUAUAACUAAUGCAGUUGUAACAAGUGCAGUAGCAUUAAAACAAUCACCAAUUCCCGAUGCCAUAACAGCUACCGUGAAUUAUACCACGAAGAUAAUCAGGAAUAUUGAUGAAGCCUAUGAAUUACAAGAUAAGGCUUGGAAAAUAUCAAAAACAGGAAUUAAUUUCGCAUUAGAACUUGACCAACAUUAUAAUGUUCACGAAAAAGUUGGUAACUUUUGCUUCACAACAUUUGCAGCUAUUAUGAAAGCCGGAAUUGCCUACAAAGAUUCACCCUCAUACAGUCAAUUGAACGAAUUGAGAAAACAAGAAUUUUUUGAUAAUGAUGAUUCUACAUGUAUAAUCACUGAAGGUUGCGAGGAACUAUAA